GACGGCCCCGGGUCCAGCGCCGUGGUCGUGCGCGUCGGCAUCCCGGACCUGCAGCAGACGAAGUGCCUGCGCCUGGAUCCGGGCGCGCCCGUGUGGGCCGCCAAGCAGCGCGUGCUCUGCGCCCUCAACCACAGCCUCCAGGACGCGCUCAACUACGGGCUUUUCCAGCCGCCCUCCCGGGGCCGCGCCGGCAAGUUCUUGGACGAGGAGCGGCUCCUGCGGGAGUACCCGCCCAACCUGGACACGCCCCUGCCCUACCUGGAGUUUCGGUACAAGAGACGAGUUUAUGCCCAGAAUCUCAUUGAUGAUAAGCAGUUUGCAAAGCUUCACACAAAGGCGAACCUGAAGAAGUUCAUGGACUACGUCCAGCUGCACAGCACGGACAAGGUGGCCCGCCUGCUGGACAAGGGGCUGGACCCCAAUUUCCACGAUCCUGACUCAGGAGAGUGUCCUUUGAGCCUUGCGGCGCAGCUGGACAACGCCACGGACCUGCUGAAGGUGCUGAGGAAUGGUGGUGCUCACCUGGACUUCCGCACUCGCGAUGGGCUCACUGCUGUGCACUGUGCCACGCGCCAGCGGAAUGCGGCGGCUUUGACGACCCUGCUGGACCUGGGCGCUUCACCUGACUACAAGGACAGCCGUGGCCUGACGCCCUUGUACCACAGUGCGCUGGGGGGCGGGGAUGCCCUCUGCUGUGAGCUGCUCCUCCACGACCAUGCUCGGCUGGGGACCACUGACGAGAACGGCUGGCAGGAGAUCCACCAGGCCUGCCGCUUCGGGCAUGUGCAGCACCUGGAACACCUGUUGUUCUAUGGAGCCGACAUGGGGGCUCAGAACGCCUCGGGGAACACAGCUCUGCACAUCUGUGCCCUCUACAACCAGGAGAGCUGUGCUCGUGUCCUGCUUUUCCGUGGAGCCAACAAGGAUGUCCGCAAUUACAACAGCCAGACAGCUUUCCAGGUGGCCAUCAUCGCAGGGAACUUUGAGCUUGCUGAGGUCAUCAAGACCCACAAAGAGUCAGAUGUUGUACCCUUCAGGGAAACCCCCAGCUAUGCGAAGCGGCGGCGGCUGGCUGGCCCCAGUGGCCUGGCCUCCCCUCGACCUCUGCAGCGCUCAGCCAGUGACAUCAACCUAAAGGGUGAGGUGCAGCCGGCAGCUUCUCCUGGACCCUCGCUGCGAAGCCUUCCCCACCAACUGCUGCUCCAGCGGCUGCAGGAGGAGAAAGACCGGGACCGGGAUGGUGACCAAGAGAAUGACAUCAGCGGCCCCACAGCAGGCAGGGGCAGCCAGAGCAAGAUCAGGUAGGAGAGAGCUGGGAGG